AUGGAGUUGCCAGAAAAUAUUAAGAUAGUUAUGUUGGGAGGCAAUGUGAGUGCUGCAUUUGAGUUGAUUUCCCCAGUUCCUCUCGAAGCAGAGAGGUUUGUGUGCGUCAUGGGACAAUCAGACCCAUCUUUUCUAGUGAAUGCUUCAUCUGCUCGGCAGUGCUCCAUCUGCUUGGAAGCUGUUGUUGAUAACAAUGGCAGAUCAACAGCAAGGCUUCAGUGUGGCCAUGUUUUCCAUCUGGACUGCAUAGGUUCAGAGUUCAACGUUAAAAAGGUCAUGCUGUGCCCAAAUUGUCGUGUAACUGAGGAAGGCGAAUGGCUCUUUGCUGCUGGAGGUUUCGAGCAAAGCAUUUACAACGACGAUGUUGAUGAUGACGACUUUUAUUAUCUUGAGCAGCCCCCUGACGCUCGGUGGUGGAAUUACAAUGUAUUCAAUGGAGCUCCUUUUCCUUUAGGGGAUAUGGUGGCACCCCCAAAUAGGACUUCAGACAUUUUCACAGUUUCCGGCCGUCGGGAUAACGGUUCCAGGGCGGCGCCUGGGUUUGCCGUGCCAGCCUACGUCCGUGAUAUUCGUCUCAAUCAACACGGUUGGAAUUUUCCACCAGCCACAUUUGCUCCGAUGAGCAACACUGUGCAUCCGGCGUCCUUAGCGCACCCUUUCAUCUUUGGUAAUGGCUUAUCUCGUCCCGGCAACAAUGGUCUACCUCAUGGCAGAGCCCAAGUUCUUCAACAGCAACAACUCCCUAACUCACCAUCACCCGUGGUACGUGCUUCAAUGUUGGCACGCCAGAGGAGGAGCACUUCCGGUAACCCCGGGGUCAUCAAUGUGCCAGGACCUUCGUUAUCGUCAUCGCCAUUAUCAUUGUCAUUGUCAUUAUCAUUGUCACCUAAUUAUCAGUCAGGUGGCUUCACCAUGGUGCCAAUAUUGUCCGAGUUUAUUAGGGAUAAUGGAUUGAGUCGUGUCAAGUUGCCUCACACCUUUGGUGGCCAUGAUCAUGGUAAUUUACAGCAGGAGGAAGCAGAUGAGGCUAUUCCAAUUGAGAAUGAGAAAGAUGAUUCUAGCUACUUCAUGUAUAAGUUUCUUUGA